GACACUGUGGAUCGGAUAUUUAAUACUAAAAUGACAGACGGACAAUUUAAAGAUAUGCUGAAUGAAAUUGGACUAGAACAGGAUGGCCUUGUAGACUAUAGCAAACUGAUGGCACUUUUCAACAAAAAAAGGCCAUGGUCUCUGCAUGGUGUCUCCACUCCAAUUGCCACCCCAAAGCCAAAACUAUUCUUAGAGCGCCCUCACACUGUUGCUAGUGGAGAGCUUUUACAGGGAAGAGAUUGGAAUGAGAAAAUGGAAAAUAAAGCACAACAAACAGAACCUAUCACUCCACCAGAAUUUAAAAAAAUGUGGGAAAAAGAAGCAAAAAAAGCUGGAAUAUUUGAAGAAGAGGACAAAACGUACCCACUUCGUGUCAGGCCACUUGCAAUG